GCAAGAUUUAUCAAGAAAUCCAAGCCAAGACGCAUACAUGUUAUGCAGGCUCAACUAGAAAGAACCCAACCAUGCCACAUACCAACUCAAAAGAAUGGCUGAAGAGGAACAAGCUACCCAACAGGAAACCAUCUAGCACGAAGAAGACGAAUAGCGGGAGCGGAUUCAAGACUGCCCGACGACCUCAGGCGGUCGAAUACGACGAGAAGGAUCGCUAUGAAUAUCUCACUGGAUUCUCGGCUAGGAAGAAGGCUGGAAAACUCGCUGCCCAGGAACGAGCCGCCCAACGAGCUCGGGAAGAAAAGCUGGAGUUCAGACGUCAGUUGAAGGAUGCCCGAAUGUCGAAGAUCAAGGAGGCCAUCGAACAGCAGACUGAAUGGUAUGGGAUCGAUGCGUUUGAGGGACAGGAUCCAGUGUCAAACAGUCAGCCGAAGCCGACAAGGACCGUCGAAAAGUUUGUGGAACAGUCGAAGGAUGGAACCGGCUCUGGGUCACAUACUACCACUACCACGGUUACCAUCGAGCCCUUGGAAGUCGACCAUACCGUCCUGAUGGUUAACUCCAGUCAUCAUCAAGCUCAAUCCAACUACCAACCCCAUCCUGACCGAAACUUCCACAACAUGCAGUCCUCUUCCUCCUCAGCAAAUCGAAAAUCUCGGGACGCACCUGAUUAUAAAAAUCCUGUUCAGUCCACUCAUCAAUCUCGGAAUACAACUGUCAACAAUAAGAAACCCAAAAGUAGCAGCAGUAGUAGUAAAAAUAACAAAAAGAAGAAGAUUCCGUAUGAGAGUAAGGCUACUCGAUCAAUUGAAAGAGUCAAGAAACAAGCCAAACGAGAUUCUAAAUCUUCUCAGAAAAAAUCAUCUCGUAAAAAGUGAUCAAGUUCAUCUUCAUCGAUUCGGGCCAUCAGAGGGUAAACGAGAUACGUAUAUUGGAGGGCUUGUUGGAAAGAAACCUUUGUAUUUUUUUAUUAUUUUCUCCUUCCUAUUUUGAU